AGGAACCAGAGUUUCGCAGUUUGGUCUCCUCGAUACUGACGAAAAGUGUCCAGAAUAGAUUGCAUGUUCUCUGUAUGGCGAUAGUAAAAAAAUUCAAAACGUCCAAAUGUUUUGCUAGGGAUAGUGAGAGACUUGUAUCCCAAACGUUGCUUGAAGCUUGUCGAAUAGAAGGCAGUAUUAAAAUAGUUCAGGAACUCGCUAUCUGUGAAGCCGAUUUAAGUUUCUGCAAAGCAUGUAGGCCUGGCUCUGAAGCACAGCAUAUAUCUCCGCUAGAAUGUGCGGCAGAUGCAAAUGAUCAUGAAACAGUUCAUUUUCUGCUGGAGUCUGGUGCCACAAUUCCUCACAGUAAGUGGAGGUUUUGGGAUUUCGUAAAAGUAGCCGCUGAAAAACAAGACACAUUUCUAUGCAACAUUAUGUUCAUCAAAAGUCUGUCUAUGUUUUGUAGAAACAAACCGAUAUCUGUGAAUUCAGCGUUAGAAAAAUUCACAGAAAAAGCGUUAAAGCUUAACCCCGAAAGCGAAUCAGACAGAAAACAAUUUUUCUUUGAUUGUCUUAUAUUAAUUGGAAUAAACCCCGAUUUAUAUUCUGCCUUUACAACCACGUUUUUUCACGGCGAAAGACUUCCAAAAGGAGAUCGAGGUGAAAAUCCCUGUCACAUGGUACUCGAAUCCUCACUGAACCACGAAAGAGAAUUCCGUACAUUAGGAACACUAGCAAAUGAAGAGUUUGAGAUGCUUAAUGAGAAAGACAACUCUGGCCAUACCCCUUUAGCGAAAGCUGUUAUACUUGGGAAGAGUAACGACAUUUUGUCACAAAUGUUGCUUCAAAUUGCGAAUGCAGAUUUAAAAGAUUCUUCCGGAAGGACUGCACUACAUCUAGCUAUUACAUCGCCGAAUGAGGACAGAUGGGUUCUUAAAUUUGUGAAUGCACUUGCAAGCCCAAACAUAACUUGUGAAGAUAUUAUGACUGCAAUUCCUAUUCAGCUUUGCAUAUCGAAAGGCCGGCAUCGCAAAGAAACCCUCAGACGAUUGCUCGCAGUGAACGAAAAGGAAAACAAGUUACCACUUUCUCUGCUACAUCACUGCAUCAACUCGACUAUUCCAGUAGAGGAAAUGUUGGACGUCAUGUCCGUCUUGAAAGAGUUUGGAGCUGAUCUGAACACAGAUGACGAUUGUAACUGUAAGCCUAUAGCAACUGCCACAAAGCGACUUUAUAUGAAUGUUAUGGACACGUUGAUGAGUUGGAAUGCUGCUAUAGAAGAUAUAGACGGCCAGAAAAACACUAUUUUACAUUAUUGCUGUUAUGUAGAUGCAGAGAAGGGUAACACAAUUCUUGACGCAUACAACAAGUAUCAUUCACAGAAUGUCACAGCGAUCAACAAGCAGAACGACUCUGGAAAAACCGCUCUGAUGGCUUAUUUGUCGGAGUCUGCAAUUAGAUUCGAUACCAAAAUCAUCUGGCGUUUGUUGAACUUGGAACCGGAUCUCUCCAUUCAAGACGCAGAAGGAGACACAGUAUUGCAUUAUUUGAUGCAGUCGACGCUGGCAGAUGGCGAUGUUUUAAACUUUACCCAAGUUAUGGUAAACGAUUUCUGCUUGUCUGUUUCUGUAUGCAAUGCACGUGAUUUAAGUCCACUGAUGUGUGCACUUACUGCCAAAAAGUCAAGAUUCGAGACAGUGAAGUUUAUCUUAUCAUUGCAAGACGGUGUAAAACCACGGUGUCCUUUGCUACCCGAGGAAAUGGGGAUACUUCAUCACUGCAUUAAUAGUUGUAUGUCUGAUGACGAAGUACACGAGAUAUCUCAUAUGCUGAUCGAACAGUGGGGCAUUUCCGCAAACAAGCCUGACACGACGGGUGUGUCACCAUUAUCCGCAUCUAUCAAACAUUCAUUGUCACGACGCAAGACUAUCGUGCUGAUCUUGAAACAUUCCGAGAGAGAACUAUGCACUAGUAUUCUCUCUGAUCUUAUCAAACACGACAAACUAGAUGCAGAUAUCGUUGAUGCCAUGCACAAGGAGAACAUCCCAAUUUUCAAAACAAGAAAUCAAAUAGACCAUUCAGUAUUUCAUUAUCUCAUCAACAAUGCACGCCAUUUCCCGACAUUUCAGGAUCUUUUAGUCUCUUUUUUGCCUUUCGGACACGAUAUCAAUCAUGUUGACUCAGAAGGAUUUUCCCCAUUAUAUCGUGCCUGCAGAGAUAAUUGCCCAGAACCAAUUGUGUCCUCUUUGUUGUCGAACGGUGCGAAUGUACAUCUAACUUCAAGAGAAGAAUCGGCAUUACACUUGUGUGUCCAGUCCAAACGAAAUGAUGCCGACACAAGAACUAUUGCUCUAGCCAUUCUUGGCAGUAGUGAUAUAAAUAUCAACGCCCGCGAUUCCUAUUACGAGACGGCUGUGGCUUCCGCUGUCAGACGAGGAAAGGUUCUCACUGUUAAGACAUUGUUAGAACAUGGAGCGGAUCCAAACAUACCUGACAGAGAAAACAAGACAACAUUGCACCAUUGUGUCGAAGGUCUUUGGUCUGACCAAAACACUUGUGAAUUUCUACACCUACUCCUCCCCAAAGUUCAUAUUGAUCAGACUGAUGGAAACAAAUGUUCGGCUCUAAAUGUCGCUGCUAGUCAUAGCUCCUUUAGUAGAAUCUUCAGUAUCCUUACACUGAUUACCGCUGGCUCUAACAUCAAGACAGUUGACCGUCAAGGCCGCUCACCCUUACACAACACUGUCAAAUGUUUGACAAGUCAAUUACCCUGUUGCAAGCUAGAAAGAAUAUGUCGGCUGCAUGUUUUCCUCAGUCACGGUAUGAGUCCCGUUUGUGAAGACAACGAUAAAGAAAAUGCAAUUAACGUUUGCAUCAAAGAGAAUAUGCAAGACGAAAAAUACCUGUUGAACAAAAAUCUCAAAGCUCUUGCUAUCUGCGAAAAGAUCCUCAGGACAAAUUUAGUUGAGGUUAAAUCAGACACCCAUAACUUCACAUGUACCGAGAAUAUCAUUACACGCGUUUUAAAUGAUGAAAUGUGUGAAAUGCUGAAGGAUAUCGCAAGCCGCUUACAUGAAAAAGAUAUUUCAUCUUGUUGA